AUGCCUCAGAGUCGAAAGGCAAUCAUCAUCGGCGCUGGCCCUGCCGGCCUUGCAGCUGCGCUGCGUCUACACCAGCAAACCAACAUCCAAGUCACAAUCUAUGAGUUACGAGCAGAGCCCACCACUUUGGGCGGAGCCGUUGGUAUUCAGCCCAACGGUCUACGCCUCCUGGACCGCCUGGGCGUCUACGAGAAAGCAGCAGCUCGUGGCUUCAUCAGCUCAAACUUGACAUUGCAUUCCAUGCAGGGGCAUAUUGUGGCUCAACAGGACUUCGUUGGCUGGGCGCGAGAGCAGACUGGUUUUGGGUACAUGCGCAUCAAGCGCACGGAUCUGGUGGAUGUCCUGCUGGGGGCGGUGCAGAAGGCCAAGAUCCCGAUUCAUUUCAACAUGCGGUUGACGACUAUCAAAGAGAGCGAUGAGAGUGUGCAUGUUACGUUCGGAGAUGGGUCAACCGAUACUGCUGAUAUGUUGUUCGGGUGUGAUGGUAUCCAUUCGUUCGUGCGACGUGCCUACGUCGAUUCCAAAAAGACCCUGGAGUACUCUGGCAUGUCGGGUCUUGGAUCUAUUAUUCCCACCAGCAUCCUAUCUUCUUCGACAACAACCCAGAUCACCGGCCUAGACGCUACUCUGACCGAGGAUGGUAUGCUUGCCGUAAAUCCAUGCUCAGCAGGGAAAGAUGAGCUGUUCUGCUUCUUCUCCAAGGAGGUCGGCCUCCCAAACUCGGGGGAUAGCCGCGACGGCUGGGCGGUGCACAGAAAGGAAGAAGUGGAUGGCUUCAAGUCCGCCAUGUUGGAAACUCUGGAGAGCGCGAAGGGUGAAUGGGGAAUUGCUAUGAAGGAAGUCGUGGACAGCAUCUCGGUCGUGAACUUCUAUCCCGUUUACAGAUUGCGGCCUGGUGGUGUCUGGUCCCGGGGCCGGUGCAUUCUGCUUGGUGAUGCUGCUCAUGCAAUGUCCCCUCAUGCUGGACAAGGUGUUUCGAUGGCUCUUGAGGAUGUUUUCUUGCUCUCGCGUUUACUUGAGGACCCUGAACGACCACUCAAGAAGGCCUUUGAGAUCUACGAUCGAAUUCGCCGACCUCGCAUCAACGAGAUUUUCAAGUUGGCUGCACAGAAUGCUCAAGUGCGAAAGAAGACUGGCCCAUGGGGUUUGUGGCUCAAGGAAGUUCAAUUCUCACUGGCGAUGACUCUUUCCUGGGUUUUUGGUGCAGACAAGAGAGGACUGCGACAGGGUCAUCUGGUCUACGAUGUUGAUGAAGUGGACCUGGUCUAG